AUGGCGAGAUUGCGUUUUCCAGGCCGUCCCGGCUAUAGAUUCGAUCGUCAUGGAGUCAGAUAUGGCGCAGACGAAGUGAAACAUACCAAGGAUCCUAGUCUGGCCAUUGUAGCAUACAUUCACCAAGGAUUGCGUCAAUUUAGAGAACUUUUUGGAGAAUCUGACGAGGAAGAGGAAUUUGUUGGAUUCUUCCCAAAAGAUUACAAGAGAAAUGAAAGGAGAUUGGCAUCCAUUAUGGCUGUGCAGAACUCGCAGGCCCAGCAGAUUACACCAGAGCAUUCUGGGACAGUGGGAACGCGUUUCGCAAAAGCCAAAGAUUCGAUUGCGGCUUUACCGACCUCUGAGCGAACUCGAGGCAGGAUGAAGAUUGUCAUCCGACAGUCGUAUAAACAACUCAUAAGUAGUGGUUUAGCAAAGCCUACCAAAUCACACAUGAUUGGUUCUAUCAAAGAGGUCGAGCGAAUGAAAUCAACCACUCGACCUCCAGAGAAGAAGAAGAUGAAGGUCAUACGGAUAAGAAUAUCACACAAAAAGGGAAUUGCAUCCAGUGGUUCGAAGAUUUUGCAGACACGUAAAAUUGGAAGACCUUCAUCCACAAGUGUUAUGAAAGAAAUCCGAAAAAGGGGCAGGCCGCCAAAAGUGGCACUCCCAGAAAUGAUAGCUAAAAAAAUUCGAGAAGCCCAAAAGCCCACCAAGGUGGAAAAGAAGGUUGCUAAGCAACUUAUUCUGAAAGCCAAGGGACACACAGGUUUGUUAUCUAAAACUACAGCCUCAAAAAGUCAACUUGUGAAGACGCCCAUCCCAAAAACUUCUCCACAGAAAAGUUCCACUCCACAGGGGAGCAAACUACCUAUGCAUGGAAAGAAAUUUGUCCUGCCAGUGAUGAGUUCACGGUCAUCAAGAAUUAUUAUUCCAAAUAAACGUUUCCUUCAUGAUGAUGGAUUCAGCACUGCAUUACUGGCGAAGAGACCAGUAGCUAAGAAAAAAUCUGAUUCAUUUACUGGUUCAUCAGGAAGCAAAAAACUUAAAUUAUCGUCUCCGAAAUUAAGCGAUUCCGAACAAUCAUUCAGUCCACACGGUACAUCUAAACGGAAAUCGCAGAUUAAAAAAUCGGUAAGUGGGACCGCGUCUCCUGCCAGUGUGACAUCCACACUGAAUGCUAGAUCUUUGAUAACUUCAACACCGAAUGUGACGACAUACCAGGUGAACAGGAAAGGGCAGAAACAGAUGGUGAAGAUAGUGAUGAAGGAAAUUGAAAGUUGUGGUGCGGACAGCACUAUCAACAUCAGCGAUGAUGAACAGUCGAGGAGCGAUGAUUUGUUUCCACGCAGCCCGUUAGCACCAUCGAAACUCGAGGUCUUCAACCGUGCAGGGCCAAUGUCUCUGCCGGGUUACAACCGGCAGCGCUUUGAUUCGGCAGCACACAAGAGCCGAGACUUUCUGCGCAAAGCAAAGCUGCAGUUGAACAGAACAACUCUGAACCGGUCGAAAGCGGCUCUGGCGCGGUCGUUGAAAGCCAAGAUGAAGCGGGAGGCUAAGGUCGAAGAAGAAAGGGAGAGAAUGCGGCAGUUUUCACCAUCAUCGCCAACAAGUCCACUCAGGUUGUCGCCCGUCGGGUCUGUGAGAUCACUUGCAGAAUCGCAGCUCAGUCCGUCUAGGAUAUUUGAUACGGGGCAGGGUUUGUCGAAGGAGCAAAGUUUUGGUCAGAACCCAACUUUAAAGGUGGGUACUAUCCAGCCAUCAAAGGUGAGCAAAGAGCUGGCGUUUGAAUCAAAGUGUGCGAUAUGCGGUGACCCAAAUCUGAUUGCGAGGACUGGACUGUAUUACGGAAUUCCGAGUUGUUACGGAUGUUCUCAGUUCUACAGGAAAGAGGCAGGGUCAGGAUCAAGAUUUGUGUGCAGCAAAUCAGGUAACUGUGAGAUAACGAAGCUUAACAAGCGAAAGUGUCUGUCAUGUUGGUUCCGGAUGUGUGGAAUGUUUUACCCGGCUGUUGACAAGAUGAAGCAGAGUAGUCCGGAAAAAUCGCGGAAGGUGUUACCUGAAUCAAAGAUGACACCAUUGGCGCUGGAUCUGAGUGAUCAUGACAAUUACCAACCAUCGGCGUUCUCCCCAAGUUCCCUGUCCUUCGGCGUCUCGACCCCUGCCAAAUCGCCCAGUGCGGGUUUCUCUCCGAAAUACGUCUCUACAGCAUGCGGUCCAGGCAUGUCUUCUGUGAACGUAUCUCCAUCGUUUCUUCUGCAAAGCCCAGAAACCACGCCCGACAAGUCGCCCAGCAAGGUCCCGCCCGGUGACGUCCGUGGACCACGGAUCAAGCACGUGUGUCGCAGGGCGGCCAUGGUGCUGAAGAAACCUGUGGCCAAGUUCCCGUCCCCGCCAUCGUUAAGACUCAGUGCCUUGCCCAGUCUGGAGAAGGAGAGGAUAUUCCAAGCCAACAGAGAUGCAAAAGCCAAUGAUUCAUCCGAUGAUGAUCGACCAAUGGAAGACAUCAUUAAAUCAGCAAAGAGUGACGAAGUUGUUAUCAUUCAUCGAAAAAUUAAGAAAACUCCCAAAAGUAUUGUUCAGUCCAGCAAGUACCAAAGUAUUGGCAAACGAAAGCUGCGCUGUCGCACAUGUGUAGGCUGUAGAAAACCCGAGUGUGGCAGAUGUAUUUACUGCAGAGAUAAAACCAAGAAUGGAGGUCCAAACCUUAUCAAGCAAGCUUGUGUAGAGCGGAAAUGUUUACACCCGAUAUACAAGCGGGCAGCAACCAACUCAUUUGUGAUGCAAAACCUCAAAGGUUCGGAACAGGCCGAUGACGAUGGUGAUGAUAACAUUUGUGAUGACAACCAAAAUGUCCCCGUUCCAAAAAACUCGGAAGGCAACCCGUCCAGUUCUAAUACCUCCCAGAUAGCUCGCUAUCUCGGUGGGCGGGAAGCCCAACAGGGGGAGGUAACUGUACCCAGAGCACAAAUGGGCGAUGGUCUUUCAUUGGAGCAUUCGAAGCAGUCUUCUUUGGAGAUGCCGAAACGAGGAACUCGCCUGAGAGAAAAGGCAGUCACGACUAUGCAACAAGCCAUUGUCCAGCCUGUUCUAAACGUAUUGAGGAAACCUCCUCUGACGUCAGGCUUAUCAAAGGACGUACAUCUGAUAAAGGCUGACUUCAAGGAGGACAUGUCGUUGAACUUCUCCUGGGCGUAUGGGAUGGCGUUGACGAUGAUGAAACCGACCUGUGUUCGAACGGUGUGCUUCUUGUGUGGAAGUGCCGGCAAACACGAGCUGAUAUUCUGCAUGGCAUGCUGUGAACCGUUCCACAUGUUUUGUCUGAGCGAGGACGAGCGACCGGAAGAAGAAAACAUGGAGAACUGGUGCUGUCGUAAAUGUCAGUUCUGUAAUGUGUGCGGUCACCAGAACAACCUUCUGCAGUGCGAUCGUUGCCAGAGUACAUACCACCCUGAAUGCCUGGGUCCGAACUACCCGACCAGACCAUCCAGGCAGAAGAACAUUUGGGUGUGCAUGAAGUGUGUGCGCUGUAAGAGUUGUGGUGCCACCACGCCCGGCAAUUGCAACAGCGCCAUCUGGAUGUACGACUUCUCGCUAUGCUAUGAAUGUGGACAGCUUAUGGACAAAGGUAAUUUCUGUCCCGUGUGUCACAAGUGUUACUCUGACGAUGACUGGGAGUCAAAGAUGGUGGAGUGUGCUGUCUGCAAGAGCUGGGUUCAUGCCAAGUGUGAGGAGUUGUCAGACGAGAUGUACCAGGUAUUGUCGGAACUGCCCGAGGACGUUCACUACACAUGUAAGAUGUGUUGUACGGAGAGACCCGCCCACUGGGAGGUGAUGCUGAACGAAGCCUUCUAUGGUGGACUGAAGUCCGUCUUGCUCGGUCUUCUCAACAUGAAGUGUUCUCACCAUCUCAUUAACAUAGACCCAGAGAAAGAAAAACGAUUGCAGGAAAACAAGAAGAAAUUGUCACCAAAGUCAAAGGCUGCUGAAAGCACUCACAAACAAAACACUAGGUCGAAAUCACACAUGGAAAAUAUUUCUCAAUCUGACACAUCACCAACAGAACACAUCAAACCAUCUUUGUCUGGUGAGGAUAAAUGUGCUUCCAUGGAAACGGACAGUGGUUCUAGUGUUUCAAAAAGUCCCACUCAAACCCACGGGAUUUGUAAGGAACCUAGAAAUAUUUUUAAUACCAUUGCCAUGGAAAUAGGUAUUUCCUCAUUGGAUGGUGUUAGUGAUGGUAGAGAAGAGAGUGUCAGUGCAAGUGAAAAUAAUCUUUUAGAGAAGUCUUCAUUAGUCUGUGAUACAGAAUUUAGUGAUCAAAAAACAAUUUCUGAAAGUAAAACCAUAGAAGGAUCAUCUACAGAAUAUGUAAAUGAGAAAUCUGCUAGUACCAAAUAUGGAUCAGUUGAAUUCUCCUGUAAUAUGCGCCCUGUAAGUGAACUGACUAAUAAAACGGAUGCAUCUUGUCUUGAAACAUCUUCUAAUGUUGAUUUUAUUAAUAAACAAAAUCAAGAAAUUCAGUUAACACAUGAUGAAAGCGAUUCGAUAAAUGAACAAUGUUCUGUUGCAUCGACCAGUAAAAAGUAUCCUGACAUUGUUUCAACCAAUGAAAAGUGUUCAAAAAGUGAGGCAGCCAAUGAAAGUACAGUGUUUUCUGAUGUAAAAGUGGAUGCUGCCCUAAGGUCGACGGAAUCUUUAAAAGCGAACCCAGCCGAUGAAACUAGUUUGUCUUCAGAUGUGGAGAUGACUGAUGUGGCAUUGUCACCAGAGGUAGCUGAAAACAAUGAUGAUUUUUUUAACCGGCGUGAUUUGAUUCGACCUAUAUUGAGAUCGGGCGGGACACCAGAUUCUCAGAUCUCAAUGAAAGUGAGAUAUGACCCCACGGAGAAUAUGUCCGACAUGUUUGACGAUUCACCCGAAAAAAAUUCAGUUUUAGAUUCACUUGAUGUUUCUGUGAGAAAAACUGCAGACCAUUCGGUGUCGGCUUCUGUCUGUGAAACUGGUUCUCAAGUAAUGGCAGAAAAAACGACCAGUACACAAAAUGAAUCGGUCUUAUUUGCAAGAUCAGAACUGACUAAUCCGAGGGUUAUGUUGUCUGAGGAAAUGCAAUCCACAUCUGAUACUGACGCGAUGAAGAAGAGAUGUGAUUCAGAAAUACAAGAAUCAAAAUGUGAUUCUGAGAGACGAGAAUCAAAUUGGCAUUCCGAAGCUAAUACAGUUGUACAGGUGAAUGUCAGUAAUUCCAAAUUGGAAAUUAAAGUGGACAAUGAAAUUAAGCAAGAUGAGGAUGACAUAAACAAAACUGUUAUGCAGGAAACGAACUGUGUUGCCAGUUUAACAAAUUCUGAGAUGGACGAUUCCGAACAGCUUAAAGAGGAACUUAUAAAUAGUGUUGAGAAAACUCGAGAAUCACAAACUGCAAGUAGUAGUAAUAAAACAGGUGCAGCAGCUUCAUCUUCUGACUGGAUACCAGCCACUGUGGAAUCUCUGUUCUCGGCUGUACAGACUGAAGCAUCUGGUCCUUUCACCAGUCUUGUUGACAUCAGUAACCGAGGUCUAGAGAAAGCAAUGGUAGUCGAUGGUGCUGUCAGUGACUCCACGGAAACCCUGUCACACCCCAGCGAGCCGAUGUCGAGUCCCGAGGGCGUGCCGAUUUCCAGCAAGAAGGCAGGCGUUCACUUCCUCAGUCCCAAGACGAUGGAUUAUUUGAACAAGAGGAUGGCUAGGAGAGAAUUUCCCAAAGAUUUUGCAGCCGUGAGGGAAAAACUUGAAGCAAAUUUGUACAAAACUGUGGAAGAGUUCAGUGAAGACAUGGUGAACAUCAUACAGGCAGCGUUGAACAUGGAUGACACGGUCACUCGUAAAAAAAUGACAAACUCUGUCAGAUCAACAUUUAUUAAACAAAUGGAGAAGGCCUUCCCAUGGUUUAACGUGAACACUUGCAAGCUUUGGGAACACAACCGCAACUUGCCAGAUGGUAUGCUUCCUGAUGCAGUGCUGCCCCCUACCGAUGACCACACGUAUGCCCAGUGGUUAGAGCGUGAGGAGCUGCCCAUAUCUCCACAGCCAUCGCCUUUCAAACGCCUGCUGAACAAUCCUGUUGAUAAAGUUGUUGUUCCUAUGGCUGAGCAUUCAACUGCCUCGUUUGACGAUGAAGGCCCAGUGGUUAACGCCGCGGAGGUAGUGACAUAUGCCUCCGAGUCGGACUACGAUGGCGAAGAUACUCGACGCUGCGUCCUGUGCUCAAAACUCGGGGAUGAAUUUCCUGAUGAGGCGGGCAGGCUGCUGUAUGUGGGACAGAACGACUGGGCGCACGUCAACUGUGCUCUGUGGUCGGCUGAAGUCUUUGAGGAGAGAGACGGCUGUUUACAGAACGUGCACUCCGCCAUUACGAGAGGCAAAAAACUGCUGUGCGACCUGUGUGGUAAAUCUGGCGCCACUGUCGGAUGCUGUAGUCGUGGAUGUUCUGGCAACUUCCACUUCGCCUGUGCGCGACUCAGUCAGUGCGUCUUUCAGGAGGACAAGAAGGUUUACUGUCGUCUCCAUGGAGACCAGGCAGUUGGAGAGAUGGUACAUCACGGAGGGUUUUCUGUUCUUCGUCGUGUCAGUAUUGAUAUGGACGGGCGAUAUUCAAAGAAAUCCUGGAACAAAGGCAUUAACCCAAGUCUGCUCAGUGUUCUUAUAGGCUCCUGUACGGUUGAAUCACUUGGUCAGCUGGAACCACUGUCGGACCGGUCGGACUUCCUGCUUCCUGUGGACUUUGUUUGCUCUCGUGUGUACUGGAGUACAAAGGAUGCAAGACGUCGUUGCAUCUACACGUGUCGUAUUACAGAGUUCAGACCAACAAUCACCCACCCAGAAGUGAAGAUUCAAGACAUGACCAUCAUUCAUGACAAAAGCCAUCCAGACUUCAUCCCACUGCACAAGCUGGACUUGAAAUCACUUGGGUUACCAUCCCUCAUGGACUCUUCUAGCAGAGGAGGAGACGAUGUCAUUUUUGUUUCCGAAAGUCUUCAUUUUGUGUCGUCUUCUGCAGCUAUAACAUCACAAACUUCAGCAAUUGUUCAAACGUCGAGGAUAAGACAUCCAUGUAGUACAGAAAAUGUCUCUGGUGUCUCGGAUUCCAGGGUUUUCGGUGGUGAAACUUUGAAGAGUCCACCUCUGACGGCGGGUGGGUUUAAUCUGGAUGUCUUGUCUCCAAAUACGUUGAAAUAUCUUGGUUCAGCAGCCCUUACCAAGAUGACACAUCAGGAGGCACAGAUAGCUACGAUGGAAGACGAUUUUGGAAAUCUUACCAAGAUGGUGGAUAGAUUGAAUAACGCAGCCAGUCGAGUGAGUGGCAAGCGCCCGCCCAGUUCAGGAGUUGCUGGAAAACGUCCCGCUAGCGCCGAAAGAACGUUUUCUGAGAUAUCUUCAGCUCCAAUAGGAAAACUAAGACGAGCGUCGUCUUGUGAUAAUCCAUCGCUUUUAUUCAGACAGGAAAUACUAAAGCCAUUACGAUCGUUCACACCAUCAUUCAGUUUGCAGAAAAAUGUAGAUUUGAAUGCAUCAAAAAGUCUGUCGGAGAAUGUCACCAUGAAAGUUUUAGAAAUUGAAGAAACCGAUGUUGCCCAUCAAAUCGUAUCAUCUGUUAUGGAAGGAUCAAGACCUCAGCCAAUCAGUUCAACUGUUAACGAAGGAUCCAGUGCCAGUCCAAUCAAAUCAUCUGUUACAGAAGACUGCAGUGCACAUCCAAUCGAAUCAUCUGUUACAGAAGAAUCUAGUGCCUAUCCAGUCGGAUCAUCUGUUACAGAAGGAUCCAGUGACCAGCCAGUGAACUGCAGCAGAGCGGACUUGGAGGAGAUAACUGAAGAACAAGCCCUGGUUGACAAAGUUCUCAGCAACAUGCCACCCGAGUUGCUGGACGAAUGCGAAGGCCAGACGAUCGUUGUCCUGACAGAAGAUGCUGCUGACCUCACAGAGGAGGAGAUGAUUCGAUUAGCUCAGUCUGCCCUGGAGACUGAGGACGGCACAGAUGCUACUACGUUUCAAGACCAGUCAGAUUCAACAACAACCGAUACAGUUCACCCAUUGAUUGAUGGAGAAGUUGAUGGUGCUAAAGAAACUGCAAGUUGGUCAUUGGGGGAGAAAGAAAUCUGUGAAAUUGCCGAGGGAGAAGUGGUUGCUAAGAAAGUGUAUAAAAUUGAAAGUGCCGUGACUGAGGGAGAAGCGGUUGAUGCUGCCAGACAGUGUCCAGAAAGACCAGGUCACCCACUGAAUGCUGUGGAAACCGUUACUAGUGAAGUCUAUGCCAACUCAAAUCUAUUUGCUGAGACAGAAAUAAUUGCUAAGAAAGUCUGUGAAAUUGCAAGUUCAUUAGCAGAGGGACAAGUUGAUAAAGGAAUUUAUACAAGCACGAGUUUAUUGGACAAGGAACAAGCAGUUGCUAAGGAAGUCCACGCAAUCACAAGUUUAUUCGCUGAGAAACAAGCAGUUGCUAAGGAAGUCCAUAAAAACAAAAGUUCACUGGCUGAGAAACCGAACGUGGCUGUUCCAUUAGACAUUCCUCGACCUCCCAAUGUUCCAAAGAUUGUUGAAGAAAUAUUGUCCAAAGAUUUUGGUGUUUGGAUGCCAAGAGCAACAAGUGACAACUGUAUAGAGGCGUCUGAAAAGACCUUAGAAAAAGAUUUGUUGUGUAAUGAUGCCGUCGACACUGCUGUUGUACAGAAAGGUGGAGGAAAUGAAAAUCUCAUGAAAAGACCCGAGUUAGAUAAAGAUGUUGGUAAUGAACCUGGAGCUAAGAGAAAGAGAAAUGUUAACUUGGUAAAGCACAUUAAAAGCAAAACAAUUGGAAAAAAUGAGACCUUGCAAAAUUUGAAUUGCAGAACGAAGCACCAAGAUACAACAUUUGGUUCUGAAAAUGUAGUCAUUCCAUGUUCAGUUCUACAGAAUGUGGAAAAUACAGUCCCGCAUAGCAAAGAUACUGUUAGAAUUCAAGCCGGUUCAGCUUCUGAGCCGAAAGUUCUGCAUAAAAAUAUUUCUGAUUUCAGUUCUAGUCUGCUGGUCCCAUCACACAGGAAUUCAAAAGUCAAAGAGGAUAUACAAAUGUCCAAGUCUUCUGACUGCCUGAACUCUGACUUCACAAACACAGCCGAAGAUACCAGCAAUUUAGAAACACUUAAAAAAGCUGUUCCAGUUUGUAAAUUAGAAUCGGUUCCUUCCAGAUUGAGCAAUGCUGCCACAGAAAUGAACUCUGUGGAAAAAAGUUUGUUGAGUCAGGGUUCCAAGUACGUUGAGCCUGUGUACGUCCGAGGUAAGAUGAUCGGAUAUCAUGUGAUGGAAAAGAAGGAAACGGAAAAAGAAGUAGAGAAAAUGCAUGCGACCAAUGUGUCUUGUCAAUCAAGGGAAGCAACUCUGAUGAAAAAAACACCACAAGAGACUGUUAACUCUGAGAUGAGCACAACCAGCAGUUCUCUUUCAUCAGAACCAUCAAGAAAGAAAACCGAUUCUCUUUUUAAAUCUGAUCUACCAGAGCAGACAUGUAGGGUGACUUCUGUCAGGGCAGAUCAGUUAGAAUCUCGAACCACUGCUGAAAGAAGAUUAGAGUCGACAGAAGAAAGGGAAAGCAAGGUUGACAUAGACCACACAAUUAAUUCUGAAAUGCAUUCAAGGGAGGUAACUGAUGCUAUAGGCAUAGAACAUCGUGGGAUUCAGAAACCUACUGCUAGUUCGGAUGUAGAAGUGUAUUCAGAAAUACAUUCUCCCUCCAAGGUGUCUGGCAUUCAGAAAGUGAAACCCACCAACAUACAGGAACUAGCAAACUGUGUAGACGACAAAGGGAAAGCUGAUUACACAAAAGAGGUAGUUGAUUCUGUUGAUAAAGCAAAAGAAGUUGAUGCUGUUGAUAAAAUAAAAGAAGUUGAUUCUGUUGAUAAAGUAAAAGAAGUUGAUUCUGUUGAUAGAGCAAAAGAAGAUAAUAAAUUGAGAGAUGGUGUAUCGACUCGAAGAGAUGUAUGCAGUAAGAAAGACAAGACAAGGAAAGAACCAGUGAAGAAGUAUCCACUGCGACGGACAAUACAGCGAGUGAUUGGAGACAUUGAUAUGGAAGAGCUGUCCAUAAAUUCAGCAAAAACUCGUUCCCCCAAACAGAAAACAUUGGCUAGUGUUAAAGAAUCCAGUUUCAAUGAUUCAGCUGAAAAGGAUGACAAAGACAAAAUUCCAAGUAUGACAAAUGAUAAAUCGGUCGUACAGGUUGAAGAAAGAGAUACAGUUAGGCGAACUCGAUCAAGAAGUGGAAAUAUAAUGAAUGCAGGUGACCGACACUCUGAUGUUAAAUUCCAGAAUGUAGAAAAUAACACGGAGAAGUUGAAAGCUGAAGAUGAUGAGAACCAUUUGGAUCAGCCAUGUCUGAUAAUUGAGAAACUCUCGAAAGCAGUCAUUCACUGUGUUAACAAAGAACAUGAUUCUGAUAUAGAAGCCAUCGGCACAGUAACAUCAGAACAAGUAAUCAAGUCAUCGAUUGAAAAAGAAUCCAUCGAUACAGUAAACUCACAACGAAUAAUCGAGUCUUUGAAUGAAAAAGAAUCUGUUGGCAAGGUAACCACUCGUCGGGUAAGUGUGAGGAUUGAAAAGCUGGCAGACACGGUCGUCAAAUCCGAAGCAUCUGAACAGGAGACGAAAGAGAAAGAAUUCACUGCUAAAAUCUCCUCUAGACGGACAAGCCUAAGAAGUGAAAAUGCCAAAAAGCUGUCCGACAUAGAUGUGAAGGAUGACACAGCUAAAAGUGGUCAUGGUCCAGCACUACAUGAGAAGAUAGCGGAAAGGAUCAAAGCGGAGAGCAUAGCCAAGAGUAGUCCGAGUGAGAAGGGUCCGUUCAAGUGCAGCACGUGCAAGAGGUCGUACAGGACGGAAGAAAGCUACAACGCGCACAUUGAGGACUGCAAUUUUGAAGUGAGUACAAGCGACGAAGAGGAAGAUGACCAGUCGGUGGACAGAAAAAGCAGAAUGUCGAGGAACAACUCAACAGAGCAGCAGAUGAACGACUGUUACGUGAAGCUGGACGGCAUCAAGGAGAAAGCUGAAGGUGUAGAUGAUCAGCUGUCACAAGAUCACGUUGAGUCGGUCAUGGAAGAUUCUUCUAAAGUGAAUCCCGAGGAGUCCGAGAAUAGAAAUUGUAUUGAGAAUAAGUCGAAGAUGCUUUCACCUGAAAGUAGUUCAGAGACUGUUGUUCACAAAAGAGGGAGAGGCCGACCUCCAAAACCAAAGACCACAGAAGUGACAUCCGAUUCAUUUUCUCCAGUUGAAAGUGAACAUGAUCCAGUGAAAAGAUCGAGAGGACGGCCGCCCAAAACCACUGUGGAAUCCAGCGAAGCACUGAACAGUCCUACACCAGUUGACGAGUCAGAUGCACCUACAACUAGUAAGAAGCGGGGUCGUCCUCGGAAAUAUGCAUUACCCGGUGAAAACAGUUUGGCAUCAGAGUUACCAGAAAGUGAUAACAUUUUAAAAGAAUCUGUUCAUGAAGGACUGCAGAGUGAUAGUUCGUGGGGCCGCUUGGCGUCGGAAGAUGAAGGGGAAGCAACUUUGCACACAAAGAGAUGGGUGAAAGUGAAGAAAUCAAAGCUGACAAAGUGUUUGGUAACGAAGUGGAGCUCCGAGACCUGCAAUACGAUUCAGAGUAUUUGUCCAAAGGAUCCAGGAGAGAAUAGUUUGGGUAAAAAGAGACAUCGGAAGAGAAGGAAGAGAAGUGGAAGAGUCUCUUCGAACGUCACGGAGAACGGAGAAAAUAGCUCAGAGAACCACAAUGAGGAGGUAAUCAUCGUCCAAGUAGAAACGUCGUCCAAUUCGGAACAUGAAGCAGACAUUGAGCCAGAUAAUAUAAAUACUGGAAAAAAUAUCGAAAACAAAGAUUCAGGUCCAUCAGUUGCAGAAGUUGAUGUUCCUCAGAAGAAGGCUUCCACGAACACAGAGCAGUCUAAGGAAAAUGAGUCAAAAUCUCCUGAAGACUGUAAAUCUGUUGAUGGAAACCUAACAGAAAUACAUAACAGUAACUCUUCAAAAUCUCCGGAAAACAGGAAGUCUGUUGUUGAAGAUGGUAAGGAAGCAGAAGAAAGUGGCACAUCAAAAAGUAAUGUCGACAGUGCAGUGGUGGUUCCCUCUGCGCAAAGAAGCAUCGGAUCGCCCUCCAAGAUUUGCCAGGGUCUGAAGGAGAAGCUCGGAAGAAAGACUCCAGAAAUCCUGGCAGAUGUGUCAUCCAGAAGAGCAAGCAAUGAAAAGAAGGAACUUGAUGAUUCCUGUGAUGCUAGUAUUGAUAGUAACCUAGACAUUGUACUGAGUACUCAAUCCUCUGACUGCCCAUUUCUGGAUGAACUCACAGGAGAGAUGAUGAACUGGAUAAAUGGGAAACUUGUUCCUGUGGUAGACUCGACAGAUGAGAGAACACUCUCUACAGAUCAGGUUAAAGACUCUACAGAUAAAAUGGUUGCUGUAAUAUCACCAAACGAGAAGGAUUUGGAUGGAGUUACAUCAGGAACGAAUACCAAUGUUAACCCGAGAAACAUCUUUGAUGUACUUUCAGUUGGUUCUGCCGGGUUCACAACCCAGUCUCUUGAGUCUAAAUUAAAGAGACACAAGCAGGCAUCUGAGAAAGGCAAUAUGGUGGAGUCAGCUCAUCAAGCAAUUCCUGAAGUAAUCCAGGCUUUAGAAGGUACAUCAGCAGGUCAAAUACAAUCUCACGUUCAAAGUGAUAAAUGGGACGAUUCAAUGGAUUUGCCAGCAACCAAAAAGGGACAUCCAUCUAUUGCUGGGGCAAAAACAAAAGGUAUUUCUCCUGAUGUUCCAGCAAGAAGAUCGCUUCAUCAGAUGUUAAGCGGUAAUAUUCCAUCACAAACACCUCGCCCAUCAAGACCUUUGAUCCCAAGUCCAUUGACCAUCGGUAACCAGGCAUCCCACGGUGUCAUUCCUAAACCUCUUGCCAUUAGGAGACCAGCUGUCGCAGAUCCACAAUGUGUAUCACCUCAAUCAUCUGUUCCAAAGUCUUUGAAUGUGAGUUCAGGCCCAUUUGUGUCUGAUAAAAGCAGGACACACCAUUCGGAAGGUUCAACGAAGAUUGCUGUUGAAACACCAGGCCAGAAAACGCAACAUGUUGACUGUGAUUCCGAAACUGUUGUAGUGUUUCCUUCACAGAUUGUGGCUUCCAAGAUUAAUGAAAAGAUGGGCAGCUCUUCCCAAGACGAUUCAAACUCCUUCAGUGCCAGUCAGGACAGCAUCAAGAUUGCAACGGAGAUCCUUCGUCAGAAGUAUCUGGAUAAGCAGAAACACCAGAGUGCAGUAGCUAAAUCUCCCGUAAUGAACACAAAGAUUGCCACGUCAUCUUCAGUGGUUCAUCCUCCUGUUGUCAGCCACUGUGUCCAUUCAGGUCAAGCUUCAGCUACAGCAAUGCAGCAGAACAAGGCAAGCAUCAUUGAGACAGCUUUGAGGCAGCUACAGCAGAUUAAUCCUGGGCUGGUUAAUACAGCAGCACAGCAGCUCGGAUACCAGGCUCCCACUCCACAAGUCAACCAACUGAAUGUCGCCUCUCUUCAGAUCCCUUAUAUGAAUAACCAAUCAAAUAUCUCAUCUCUUCAGAUGGCUGGCGUUGGCAGCCAAUCGACCAUCUCGCCUCUUCAGAUGACAGCUGUUAAUAACCAAUCAAAUGUUUCGUCUCUUCAGAUGUCGGGGAUGUCAUCCCUUCAGAUGUCUAAUGUUCCUGUUCAGGCUAGCCCAACUGGCCAGUAUUCGUCUGUCCAAACAAAUGCAGGGUUGUUCAUCCAACAGAAUGUAGGUGAGGUAAACUCGACGGACAUGAUGUACCAGCAGCAGCUUCAGACCGACACCAGCAUGCUACACAGAUUAACAUCGGCCUUUCAGCAGAUGUCAAGUACACUUCCGACACCAAAUAUGAUUCAGCAGAUCCCAGGCAUUCUGCAGACACCGCAGAUUGGUGCCCUACAUGCAGCAGCAGCAUCGUCCGUGAUACAGGCAGCACCGUUGCUGCAGUGUGCUCCCAACAUCUUGCAGCAGACAGCUUCGCUGGUACAGCCACCAAACCAGACCGUCCUCAGGCAUCCGGAGUUGCUGCAGACGCCGGGAGGUUAUGGUCUAUCGACUUCAAAUGUUUCUUACAUGGGCAGCUUCAUUCUUCCAAAGAUGGGUCAGGGAUCGUUAGGCAGCGGUGCAGAGAUCAACCCGAGCAUGAUGACUUCCCAGAUGUCGAGCCAGAUCUCAGAUAAUAUCAUGAACUGUUUUCCGAGUCCUCUGAUACAGCAGUCAGGCAUUGCAUCCAGUGUCCAGAACAUUGGAAUGUCGUCCACCGGUCGGCCGGUGAUAAAAGUGGUCAUAGAAAAUCAAGAUGGCGGCAACAGCCAUCUGCCUCUGCCCGUGCAGGACAUUGUGAAGACGAUUGCCGCAUCUCAAAGUUCUCCAGAACCAACAACCAGUGUCAAGGUCGUCUGCAGGAACACAAAUAAGACCAAGCUCUCUGAACAGACCAUAUACUCCAGGCUUCCUGCCUCUUCUUUAAUCCAGUCCAUGUCCCAGCAUGCAUCUGGUUCAGUCUGUGCCUCUUCUAGUCGAAGCUCUGUACAGCUGACAUCAACAUCAUCAUCAUCAUCAUCAUCAUCAAGAAGUUCUUCGCCACCUAGAGUUCUCAAAUAUUCACUUCCGCCAUCAUCCCCGAAUCUACGGAAGAUAUUGAGCAGUAGGGUGGGAGUCGGCAGUCAUCCGACCAUGUCCACAUCCAGCAGUGGGCUCAGUCAAAAAGUGGUGAUGUCGCGGAUAAACGUACUCAAGAAGUUGCUGAGCAAACCGAACAUACUGCACCGCAAGCGACAUCAGGCAAACCCAGCAGAAGGGACGCCAGCCCACAAACGGCAGAUGAUAUCGGCUGAAGGCAGAAAUGAACCAAAGUCUGUCAAAUACAUCAUGAAGCAUCCAGAUAAAGAUGGCCAGCAGCUGUCUACUGUCGAAGGUCGUACAGGUCAUGGACAAACAAUACAGGUGAUGUCCAGAAGGACGUUUCAAGGUGAAAAGUUCACAGAUCAGACCGAGGUUGUGCAGACGACAGCGUGUGAGACUGCCGAUGACUUGAUAAAUGUCGGUGAACAGCAGACGCAAAUGGUUCGCAUUGAAAAAAGGAAAAUCGUUCAAAAGUUCACCAUUCCCGGUUUUCUUGAAGAUCUCUUGCUGAAACCGAAGACAAACCGGUGGGGGGAGGGACACGGAAUAACGAAACCGGACAUCAACCGAGCCCUGUUGGACCUGGCCAGGUCGAGCAUUCCGUCGAGUCCCUCAAGCACGUCCUCCAGUCAGGGCAACAUUGUCACGAUGCUGCAGAAGAAGAUAAAUCGUGGAACGAGCUUUGGUCGUACUCAGAAAUCAGACAAGUUGAAGCGUCCACCGAAGAAGGGGCAGACGCUGUUGGACAAGUCUAAGUCAUGUACUAAGAAGGCGUCGGACUACACAAAGCUGAAGCUUGGCAAGAAAGCGAAGACGUCUCGGAGAAAGAGUCCUGUUCGAGUGAGAAAUGUCUGUCACUCACCGUCAGCGGGUCACAUCAGUCACCCUCUGAUUCACCACCAGAAUGAGGCCACGUGCCUCCCCCAGCCCGCCAUGGAGGAGGAGGUUCGCGAGAUUCCACUCAGUAUAUUUGAGUUGAACCGCGGCCGAUCGGCUCACAACAGAGACACGCCCAAAGACGCUCCCCACCUUGUGUUCGAGAUCACCAGUGAUGACGGCUUUCACUGUCGGGCAGACACCAUGGAAGAUGCCUGGAAGGAAGUUUUGAACAAAACACAGGAUUCCCGCGCCGCGGCCCGAAUGAAGUCUCUGUCAUAUAACGGAAUCCGGGGCCGGUCAAUGUUUGGAGUGGACCACCACGCCGUCAUCUAUCUGCUAGAACAGCUGUACGGUGCCAGUCACUGCCACCGCUACUCUUUCAAAUACCACAGACACACCAAGGUGGCCAGGGAGGAGGAACCGCCCCUGACUAAAAGUGGUUGUAUACGAGCUGAACCAUUCACCACACGGAAAGAGUUUGACAUGUUCAGCUUCUUAAUGUCGCAGUAUCGGGAACGGCCGAAGUCAGACAACAAACAGAAUCAGACUGAGAUGACACACAAGUCAGCACGACGAACCACAAGCCUUGAGCUUCCGAUGGCAAUGAGAUUCAGAAAGCUACAGGAACACGCCAAAGAAGCUGUGGGGGCUUAUAGGUCAAACAUUCACGGGCGUGGCUUGUUUUGUAAGCGUAAUAUCGAUGCUGGUGAGAUGGUUAUCGAGUAUGCAGGGGAGGUAAUAAGAGCCAGUCUGACUGACAAGCGAGAGAAAUACUAUGAAAGCAAGGGUAUUGGCUGCUACAUGUUCCGUAUCGAUGACUAUGAUGUUGUGGAUGCGACAAUGCAUGGCAGUGCUGCGCGGUUCAUCAAUCACUCGUGUGAGCCCAACUGCUACUCGAAAGUGAUCAAUGUUGAUGGGAGGAAACACAUUGUGAUAUUUGCAGGAAGACAAAUCUUGCGUGGUGAAGAACUGACGUACGACUAUAAAUUCCCCAUUGAAGAAGUGAAAAUUCCUUGUACCUGCAAGUCAUUACGGUGCCGGCGAUAUCUCAAUUAAAAGUGUGAGGUUAUUGUGAUGUCAGUGAUAACUCGCUUAAACAUGUGAAAUAGUCACUGGACAGUUGUGCACUUAAUGGAGAUGCUAAUACUGAAAUGAAUGGACUCUGCAGAAAGUGUUGGUAAUGCUCACAUUAAGUGUUGAUGCUCACAUUAAGUGAUUUCAAUGAAGUACUGGCAGUAUUGAAGGAUUUAGGUCAAAUGUACAGGCAAAUCCUGAAUUGAAAAACUACAGAAUGUACUAGCAAUUCCAGCAUGGAUUUAUUUGAGAGAUUGUGCAAAUUAUAAACUUGAAAUAAAUGUGUUAACAGUACCAGAAUUAAAGGAUUUCCGAGAAUGCACCAGUAUUAAAUUAUCCAGCAUAAUGAUGUCAUACUUCCGGAUUUCACAGUAACAUGUCUGCAGAAUCAUGGACCCGAAAGUCUGUUGGUCAUUACCAAGUAACAAACCACUGUUACCAUGACUACAAAAACAACCCUGUUUUCGAUGAGUACCGAUGAUCACAUGGCAAAGAAUUGAAAACGUUUUUCUCAAAAUGUGAAAUUCUCCGUCAUAGUGGUGCAAAUUGACUAGAUUAAAGAUUUGCUAGUAUUUGUUAACCCCUUACGUUUAAGUAUUUUGUGAUUAUGUACCAGAGAUACUUUAUAUGUAUGAGGGAAUAGUGUGAUUGCAAAAAAAAAAAACUUUUCAUUUAAAAAGUGAAGACCUUUAGUUUCGGAAUUUAGCUUAACUCUUUGAAGGUAUUAAAAGUCAGUUUAAGAGAAGAUAUUCCAAGAUAAAGUAAUUUAAUUUUUAAAUUUUUAGUUGAAGAACUGGAAGGACUGGAAACUUUUAGUGUUUGACAGUUAUUAUGCUGCCAGAAGAUUGGUGCUAAAGAGAUUGCAAUUUUGUAGUAAAAUACGACAUGGCAAAAGAAACAAAUAUAAUUUGCAAGUAAAAUUAACUAUUGUUUAUUUUGUUUAGAGACUAACACACAUUGAGAUUCAGGAAAAUUACAUUACCAGUUUUCAUUUCACAGAAUUGAGCAUUAAUAAUCGUGUAAACUUAAUCUAAUUGCCAAUUAAUGUUUAUUUUGGUCUUCAGUAUUCCAGUUAAAUAGUGCAAAUUGACACAGAACUUUUCUUUCUGUUUUGUUUGUUUAUACACCAAGUGUUAACAUUUGGCAGCUGCUGUUUAGUUUUUGCCAUUUGAUUCUACUUAAAGAACAUUCAAUCAACAGUUAGUUUUUAAACUAGACUUAAUUGUAGUAUUACGGUUAUGUCACCACUGUUAGUUUUACAUUGCUGAGCAUACAAACAUAAUUAGCUUAUGUAACAAUUAAACUGGAAAAACAAUGUUUACCUUUACCUUAAAGAGGAGAGUAGCCUUGUGAUGUCAUUUUACUCCAACUAAAUAACAAGUUUUCCAUGUGGAGUUUGAAAUAUUACCACCAGGCAUGGGAUUCUUCCGCUAAUUGGCAGAAUUCGACUUUUUAAAAUAUUUUUCCUUUCAUUAAUUUCCCUUGCAUUCUGCACUCAGUUAUGUGCCUUCAGCACACAUGUAUCAUUUUCAGCUUUUUUAGAAAUGUUUCAAUCACAUACUUGUACCGCUCUUUACUUGGGAUGAGGAAGGGGUGGGGGGCAACUCUCAUUAAACCACAGUAGCAGCAUGCUACAUAAUAUGUAUUCAGAAGCAAGAAUCAGCCAUGUUUUACACCGUAACCAUGGAUCCCCUUUCAAUAAUGCAUAAUCCUUUUAAUUUAGGUAGCUGACAAUUGGUUUUUGUUUUGUUGAGCAUGUUUUUUUUUUUGGGGGGGGGGGGGGAAUAUUCAUUUUUAGCUGAUAUAUGUUUUUAAUCUUUAUUCAUAUUCCUAAAAUUCAUUGUUACCGUUCAAUGAGUCACUGGGUAUUAAAAUAAUUAUUUUUAAUAUAGCACAUACUUUCAAUUUUGCUACAAUUUUCUAACUUACAAGAAUUGUAUUUUUUGUUAUUACAGUUGAUAUUGUUUUGAGAUCAGGUCACAAUUUGCUAUGCAAAUUAUAGAGAUUGCUACACAGUUUGUCAGUGUUAAACUAAUUCCUAAUCAAUUUUCAAAUUACUUAAGCUUGUCGUUGAUGUCAAUGUUAAAUGUUGCCUGUAACUGACAGACCAAGUACAGUACUUAUUUAUUUACAUAAAGUAAUCAUGGUGAAAUAUUGAUAGGCGAUUCAUAAUUAAUAAGAUCUCAGCUUUACAAUAAAACAUUAUUUGUCUUUUCGUAGAUGUUUCUGAUAAGAAUCUCAAGAUAUUUGGUCCCUGAAGCGAGCUCCAUGGGUUAAUAUUUUUGAGACAGGUGCUUUAUUGAGAUUCCCAUUAAUACUCCUGGGCCCAUGCUUAGAAAACGUUUUACAGUCUGGACUCAGUCUCAAAUGAUGUCGCACGCAUGGCGAUAAAGUCUCAGUCUCUUGCAGCCAGUGCACCACAACUGGUAUAUCAAAGGCUGUGGUAUGUACUACCCUGUCUAGGAUGGUGCAUAUAAAAGAUCCCUUGCUGCUAAUUGGAAAGAGUAGCUCAUGAAGUGGCGACAGCAGGAUUCCUCUCUCAAUAUGUGUGUGGUCCUUAACCAUAUGUCUGAUGCUAUAUAACCGUAAAUAAAAUGUGUUGAGUGCAUCUUUAAAUAAAACAUGUCUUUCUUUCUAUUAGUAUCUUGAGUUCAGACUGAACAUUUCAUGAAUGCCAGGCCUGGUCCAGGUAUUAUAGAACUAGACUUAAAAAAAUAAAAACCCAGAUUUUGUUAAGUACUUUAUUAUUGACCACAUUUUAGGCCAUCUGAUUUAGGUUAGUUGUAUAAUCUCUGUGGUGUGAUCUGUGGAAAUUGUGGGGACCUUUUCUACAAACACUGUUGUCCAUGUGCCUGCAUUUUGAACAGUGCGCUGUUGCAUUUAAAAACGGUGCUCGCUAAAACCACUAAAUAAAAAUAUUUCAUACAUCCAUUUUCCACACCCACACCAGUAGCGGAUCCAGGGGAGGGUCCGGACACAACCCCACCCCCCUUUUUGAAAACUGAUCAUAAUCUUUAAGGGGAAACGAGAUUAUAUUAACUGUUCUGUGUGAAAGGAGAGAUUAGUCAUCACAUUUGGACACACACACCCCUUCAGAAAUUUUGCAUCUGCUCCUGUGCACCGCAACAAAAAAACCAUGCACUAGGAAAACACUCUACAAUAAUUUUUAGGGCAUUUACUGUAAGAUACUAGCAUCGGGCAGUACAAGAAAGAUUAUGGGUAUAAUUAAUUAUCAUUUUCAUAUAUGGUUUAUGAAUGGUUUGAAAAAUUAUUAAUUAAAAUUUUUUUUUUUAUUUUAUUUGUUUAAAAAGCAGUUUAUUUUUUAUUGCUGACAUGCAAAGCAAAAAAGUGCCUUGAAUUUAAUAAUUAUUUUUGUUGUUUUCAAUGCAGUGCUGUGUAAAUUAUGUUUCUUGUUUGUGUGAAACGAUUCAGAUGAAUUUACCUAUACCUGAUGGGGCAGGAUCUAGACCAGGGACCGUGCUUAUAAAAGUUAAAGUCUAGACUUUAAUAAAGUGCAGACUUUAACGUCAUGGCAACGCCAUUCAAAUAGCAUUACGUUAAAGUCUAGACUUUAAGGUUUAUAAGCACGGGGCCAGGCAGUCCCAGUGCCCCAUAACUGGUAUGUGCUCUCUUGUCUAGAAGGGAAAGUACAUUAAAACAAAUCUCUGGCUGCUAACUGUUAGAAUUACCAAAUGUUUCACAUCCAAUAGCCGAUGAUUAAUGUACUCUAGUGGUGUUGUUAAACAAAACAAACUUCUUUUUCAUUUAUUUUUUUAAUAAAAGAUCACAUGCUGCCAAUAGAAAAAUGUAGUGGGCUUCCUUUAAGACUGUUAGAAUUAUCAAAUGUUUGAUCAUCAAUAUGCUUUUGUUAAACAAAAAAUUUACUUAACUUUAAAACGAUUGUGCUUAAAUUUCUGUCGACUUUAGAAGCUCAGCCGACUACCUAAUCCCAGUUGUUUUCAGUUUAUUUGCACCUGUAUACUGUUUAGGAUGUUUUAAUUAUCGAUUAGGAUGAAUUUUUUUUUUUAAUUCUUCUGGUGAAUUGAUCAUUAAAAAACCAUAAUUGGACAUCACAGAACAAUGUUCCUACACUUUUAAUUGAUGGAUACUAGAAUUUGGCAUUUGUUUUCAUGUGUACUUAAUAAAAACAAAUAUUGAAUGGGUAUUAAAGGUAAAUUUAUGUUUUCCAGUGAACACAACCAUAAAGUUUGUUUUGUUUAACUACACCACUAGAGAAAAUUGAUUAAUUACUCAUCGGCUAUUGGAUAUGUCAAACAUUUGGUAAUUUUUACUGUAGUCAUCAGAGGAAACCUGCUACAUUUUCCCAUUAUCUUUUAUAUGCACUUUUCCACAGACAGGAAAGCACAUACCAGUUGUGGAGCACUGGUUGGAAUGAGAAACCCCCAAUCAGUUGAACCGAGGUGGUUCGAUCCUGCGACAUGAGCAGCUCAACCGACUGCACUACAUUUAUAAUGGUGAUCUCAAGGACUGAAGUCAAUAGAUCAGUGUGUUUCUAACAGACUGCAUAUCUAAUCGAAGGUUGAUCGGUUGGUACAAACUAGUGACAACUGAUGAUAAAAUUUCAUCUCAUUUCCAACACACUGUACUAUAUGUGAAACCCAACAUGUAAAUUCAUCACGGUCGUUUUCACACAAACUGUCAAAUAUCUUGAUUUAUAUUUUUCAAUGUUUUUUUCUUGUAUAAAUUACUGAACACAGAUAGUGUGAAACACUUUUCCUGUUGCUCAUUUGACUCUGUGAGUUUGGAAACAAAUCACAAUUAUGUAAAUGAUUAUGAAUUUAUGUAUAAUUUUUUAAAUCCUUUUUAACUUGCAUGUUUGUUCAUGGAUUUGUAAAUAUAUUUGUACAAUUUGUAUGCCCUUUUUAUUCAUACGUCACCUAAAUAUUUUAUUGGAACAGUGUAAAUAACAUUUUGUUGAAAUCCGUACUGUUUUGUUAGUCAUUUUCACAACAUGUAAAUAAAUUUCAUAAACAAAA